AUGAAAUUGGGAGUCCUCUUUGUGAUGGUCUUCAUGCUCUCAGAUGCUGUUUCCAUGAAGACCCAAGCUUAUUUCAAUAGGACUGCAUACCUGCCAUGCCCAUUUACAAAAGCUCAGAAUAUAAGCCUGAGUGAGCUGGUAGUAUUUUGGCAGGACCAUAAAAAGUCGGUUCUGUAUGAGCACUAUUUGGGCAAAGAGAAGCUUGAUAACGUGAAUGCCAAGUACCUGGGCCGCACAAGCUUUGACGGCGAUAACUGGACUCUGGGACUUCACAGUGUUCAGAUCAAGGACAUGGGCACGUAUGAUUGUUUUAUACAAAAAAAAACACCCAAAGGAUCAGUCAUCCUCCAGCAGACAGAGACAGAUCUGUCAGUGAUCGCUAACUUCAGUGAACCAGAAAUAGAAUUUCAGAACAUAACAAGAAUUUCUGGCAUAAAUUUGACCUGCUCAUCUAAGGAAGGUUAUCCAAAACCUACAAAGAUGUAUAUUUUGGUAACUAAUUCAACUAAUUCAACUAAUGAACACAGUGGUGACAUGGAGAUAUCUCAAGACAAUGUCACGGAACUGUUCAGCGUUUUCAUUAGUCUAUCUGUUCCAUUCCCGAACGGUGUGAGCAGCGUGACCACCCGGUGUGUUCUGGAAAUUGAGUCAAUGAAGAUUUUCUCCAGACCUCACAAUAUAGAAAUCAAAAUGGAGAGUGAAGGGAGUGAGAAACUGGAAAAAGUGUUAAAGUCUCUAGACUUGUUGUGCUCCAAGUCUGGGGAACGGAGAAGCAAAAAAGAAAAAGAGUUGGAGGGCGCCAUCAGGUUCACAGUCACAUAUGAGGUAUAUUCUUACCCAAAAUGUGGCUAUGCUACACAUAACUAUGAGCAUAACCACCUUGUGUUCCUCAAGUCUUGGAGAGCAAAGGAAGAGAGGUGGCUCCUGUGGAGAGAGUUAGACAAGAAGGCAGAGCCAGCUGCAGAUGCUGAGAGGGAGUCAGCAGUUCAGGCAGACAGAGAGGAGCUGGCCAGUGGGCAGGGCAGCCCCCACCCCCAGGAGACAGACGAUGGGGAAGUAAACCAAGAUGGGCAGACAGCCUGGGUGCCUUUUUAUGGAAAGGGACUUUCCAAGUGGUGGCCAUUAAAGCUCAAGUAUUUUCUCACGAUAUCUGUCUGGGUUCGUGAUCAAUUGUCAACUUGA